UUGCUGUCCAAGACUUUUCUGGCUUGACACAGUGCCUUCGGGAGUCCGGAUCCCUCAGAUACACAUCCGCCAUGUCGUCAAUCUGUGUUGUACUCCUCUGGGAAGAUGCCCUGCAAGGCUGCGGCUUCUUCAAAUCUGGCCGUAUGAGGUAGCUCCUCGGUGGAUAUACCCCCGGCGACAACGCGACGACUCCAUUUCCGUGUGCCUUCUUCCGCUGUAGCAUUGUAUCGGCAAACAAGCGUACUGCACGCCACGUCUGUUCCUGACCGAGUCCUCCGCAAAGCACUUCACUCGCGCGUACCUCUCGGCCGGAGAUGACAUCCUUCAGUACCUUAUCCAACGACGUGGAGCCUCCCAGUAUGGAAUCGAAGGACGAAGAAACGGCCCUGGACAGCGCCUUGUACGAGGACCGGCUCCCACGGUGGAGAACAUCUUCCCAACAGAGGUCACGAUUCAUUGAUGCUCUCUGGGUGGGAUUGAACGCCUCCGCGACGAUCGCUAUUGUCUUUAUGAACAAAUUCGUCUUCGCCGAUCCGCAGCUGCGCAAAGCACAAAUCAUGAUAUCAAUGUGGCACUUCGCAGCGACGUUCAUAGUCUUGUGUGCCGCAUCACGCGGAAGCCGACGGCUAUUCACGCCUAUACGAUUGCCAACUCUGCAAGUCCUUCCGUUGAGUGCUUUCUUCGCAGGAUUCUUGCUGCUAAACAACUUGAGCCUCGCAACGAAUCCUGUAGGCGUCUACCAGCUGGCGAAGAUUCUGACGGCACCCGCCGUGGUCUGGAUCAAUUUCAUCCUGUUCCGGAAGACUAUCGAGCGUAACAAGAUUUUGGCCGUGCUGAUUACUUGCACUGGCGUCGGAAUUGUGAGCGUAGAUGCGCUCCGCACGAACGUGAUCGGGACAGCAAUCGCAGGCGCCGCAGUCACUAUCACGGCCUGCUACCAGAUCUGGAUAGGCAAGAAAAUCGUCGACUUGGGUGUGGAGGCACCACAGCUCCUGCUCAAUCAGUCUGCGACCGCGGUGUGCCUGUUGAUUCCGAUAUCGCUUUGUAUAGACACAUUUCCAGACUUUUCGAUCAUCCCGGCCAACACGCUUCGUUUCUUGUUUGCGGGCGGUAUCGUCGCAAGCUUCAUCAAUCUCUCGCAAUUUAUGAUCAUUGGGAGAACGUCUGCGUUGACGUUCAAUAUCGUAAGCAAUAUCAAGAUGCUAUCGAUAUUAUCCCUGGGCUGGUAUUCCGAGGGCAGGAUAUUCACCUUGGUGGAUGUCGUCGGCAUACUGCUGGCUUUUAGUGGAGCGUGGUGGUAUACAAAAAGUUGA